AUGCCGCAGUACACUGAUGUUGAAAGAAAGUUGGUGGAACAGUUGCGAAACGCCAUUGCUCAUCUUGAUCUCGCUGAUGCCGAGCAGCAAACGAGAGCCAGAGAGCUAGAGAUGGCGUACGAACGAUUCCGUGAUAAUGUUCGUGAAUUUGAAGCAGAGAAAGAGAUGGAAAAGGAAAGAGUGCAACGUGUGCGUCGACAGCUGGAACGAGAAAAGAGGAUAGCAAGUAAAGACGGUGCUGAACGAGACAAAGCAGUUGCUGAGCAGGUAGAAGAUCUAAUGAAAACUAUCUCUCAAAAAGACCGUCAGAUUUCGAAUCUACGACUUCGCCUGCGAAAAACAGAAGAGCAGGUAGAUUCGAAAGAUAAAGAGCUAGAGGAAAGCACUAAGAAAGUGGAGCGACUAGAAAAAAGUUGCAAAACGUUGCAGCGCCAACUAGCUCAACUUCGUGGUAAUUAUGCCAAGCAGACGCAGGAGAUGGCUGCCGAAUUGCAGGCUGCUCGUGCACACAACAUUCGUAGAAAGGGAACUGUUGGUUUGCUGCCGACUCUAUAUAAACAGACCGCCAAUGAAGAGCAGAUAUUGGAUCGCCGUAGCGAAACACGCGAACCUCGAAGGCCUUCAGUAGAGAGGUCGAAGUGCGUCAGUUGGGCAGACAAAACUGCUCCUGCUAGUCUUCUGGAUGAUGGAAGAACUCCUAAAAAGGGAUCCUACCUGAUGGAAUUGGUGGAAGAGGGUGCUGCUUAUUUUGGUCCUUGUCGCUUGUUUAAGAACGGAAUAGGAGACUGGACAAAGGUCACGACGACUGAGUGCGGUUGUGAUUUAUACGAGUACAGUAAUUCGGAUGUUCGCUGGCUAAGUUGCGAUCGUGCUGUGGAAAUAAAUUACUUUGGUAUUAUGGGUGCCACGGUAAUAACACAUGUCAAUGGAUGCAGUAUUAGAUAUUUCAAUAAUGGACAGGUAACAUGA